AUUCCAUUUUCAAUAUUUUCAGAUGAUAUAAAGUAAAAAUAAAAAUAUUAGAAAUGGCGGCAAAGUUUGAUUUUAAUGGAAGACGAGUUCUUGUGACGGGAGCCGGAGCAGGUAUAGGGCGAGGUAUCUGUAAAGCACUCUAUGAAAGUGGAGCUGAAGUAUAUGGAGUCUCUAGAACUCAAGAAAACUUGAAUUCGUUAAAGGUAGAAUGUCCUGACCUGGUAACAGUAUGUGUUGACCUCUCAGACUGGGAUGCCACAAGGGCUGCCCUCUCCUUACUUCCAACUAUGCAUGGGGUGGUGAAUAAUGCAGCUAUAGCUAUCAAUGGAUCAUGUCUGACAGCAAAACCUGAAGACUUUGACAAAAUGUAUACUGGUAAUGUGAAACAAGUUCUGAAUGUUAGUCAAAUAUUUGCUCUGAAGAUGAUUCAAGAUAAGAUAAGAGGAGCCAUUGUUAAUAUCUCAUCACAGGCAAGCCAGGCGGCGCUUAAAGAUCAUGUUCUUUACUGCGGUACAAAGGGAGCUCUAGAUAUUAUGUCAAAGGUGAUGGGUUUGGAGCUGGGUGAGCAUGGUAUCCGGGUGAACUGUGUGAACCCUACAGUAGUGCUGACCAGCAUGGGUAAACUAGCCUGGUCUGAUCCUGCCAAGGCUGGACCAAUGCUGGACAAAAUCCCUUUGGGCAGAUUUGCUGAAAUAGACGAUGUUGUGAGUGGAGUCCUUUUCCUGUUGAGUGAUCAAGCAGCUUUGAUCAAUGCAGUUACUCUUCCAAUCGAUGGAGGAUUUCUGGCGACAUAGAUAUUUAGAAGAUGGAUGUUUACAAAUUGGAGGAUUUAAUUUGGGAAUUUAAGGGGUUCAAUUUAUUUAUUCCCCACCAAACCCCCACCACCACAAAUUUGAUCCCUCCGAAAAAGUCUUCUUAUAAAGGAGGGGGGGGGGAGAACA